AGACGAGACAAAAGAAAUGAAAGUAUCGUUGAAAUUCCACCUCCCUCUCUCUCAUCUGUCUUCACAUCCAUUAAUGGAGGAUCCAAACCCCCAAACUGCUUCUACCAACGCCCGAAUGAAGCUCAACGUCGGCGGCAAACUCUUCGAGACCACCGUCUCCACCCUCCACUCCGGCGGCCCCGACUCCCUCCUAUCCGCCCUCUCUAACCGCCCCACCGGCGACGCCAACUCCAUCUUCAUCGACCGCGAUCCAGAAAUCUUCUCCGUCCUCCUCUCUCUCCUCCGCUCCAAUCGCCUCCCUUCCACCGCCCGCCGAUUCUCCAAGCAGGAGCUCGCCGACGAAGCCCUCUACUACGGAAUCGAGUCCCGCCUCAAGUCCGCCGUUUCGCCUCCUUCGCUCUGCGGCAUCGACGCCUCUAUCGUCGCCACCAUCCGACCGACCUCCGACGGAUUCGUCUCCGCUUUCACCUCCGGCGACGGCGACGGAUCCGUCUGGAUCGCCCACGGUGGCCAGAUUUCGAGCUACGACUGGAAUUUGCUCCACACCGGCACUGUCCGUACGCAUCUAGAGGAGAUCACCUCGAUUUGCCGAGUGUACUCGGAACUCGCAGCCCUAGGCUCCGAUUCCGCCGCCGGUCUCCAUUUCUACGAUUUCUCCGGCAAUCGCAACGUCGGAUCGGUGCACUGGAGAGAUCCGUCCGAUCCUCGGAUCUUCAAAGCGCGAGUGAGCGCGAUCGCCGAUUCGACCGAUUCCGUCUUCGCCGCGUUUUAUUGCCCUCACAAGGAGAAUUCCAUUCUCGUAAUUGACAAGUCCACGCUCCAAGUUCAAUCCGAGCUCGGCCGGUACACCGGUGGCUCAGCGAAGAAUCUAGUCCCCGGCAAGCUUACGUGGCUGCCGGAGACCGGAUUGCUCUUCGGAAGCUCCAUUACUUGCGGAGCGUUCGGAUUCUCAGGGUACAUUAGGUUGUGGGACCCGAGGUCCGGUAAGGUGGUUUGGGAGAUGAACGAGCCGGGAUCCGGACGUAGCGGCAGGUUUGGAGACCCGUUUUCCGCCGUAGACGUUGACGCUGAAGAAUCGAGCAUCUUCAAGGUCUGCUCGAAGUCCGGAGACUUGGGAAUGGCGGAUUUACGCAAUUUGGGCGACGACCCGUGGGUUUACUUGCAAGAGAGCAAUCCGAGCUUGAGGGUUACUGGCGGAGUUGGUGGAUAUAGUGUGAUUCACUGUUACAAGAAGCAAGUUUUUGUGGGGAGAGAUGGUAGUUUGGAGGUUUGGUCAAGAGUGGAAAAUGGGAAAGUUGAGAGGGAGAAAGAAAAUGGGGUUUGUGAGGGAUUGUAUAGGAGGAACUUUGUGGAUAGAUUGGAGGAUUCUGAGAGAGGGAUUAUAGAGAAGAUUGAAGGUGGGGGUGACAGAUUGUUUGUUUGUAGAAGAGAAUCUGAAGGGAUUGAAGUUUGGGAAAGCUCGAAUUCUUCCACUGUUGUUUCAGUUUUGUGAUGCUUGAAUGAAAACUUCAACUUCCAAGUUUGUUGGUGUUAAUUGAUUUGACACUCUUGUGAAUAUUUCAGAUCAGCAGAAUAGAAGUUCAUUUCUUUUUUUUGUUCUUUCAUUUUGAACUUUUUUUUCCCCAUAUUGGAGAUUGCUAUUUGAGGUUGCAGAUGAUCUGGUGUUAGGUUUGACAGUGAUGGAGCUUUAGCUUCGAUAAGCGAGAUAUGUUCCACGUUGGCUUGUUCGACUGCCUUCAUACUUGAUCAAAAUCGGCUGAGGAUCGAUCUUGCGAUUGGGAAUCGAUCCCAAGGUUAGACCUGUGUCAUUAUGGUGUACGACAUUUUUAUGCAGACAUAAAUGUACACUAUAAACUUUAUGGAAUUUGGAAUUUUCCCUCUUGCUGCCAAUGUUUAUUUUUUUGGUCUGGUAAUCCUGGAGAGUUCAUGUCUGGAAAACGAAGUGCAAAAAAUGAGAUUUUGAACACAAUUAUUUUAUCAAAUAGGAUCAUUUUGUAGCUUUCUAUUGUACCUACAUGGUUUUCUUUAUAACUUUGUAAGUUGUAGUCAUUUCAGUGUUGAGAACUUUGUUUCAAACAAUAAUUUUAGGAGCAAUCAGAUUCCAUCC